GAAAAAGAUAAACUCUAUAAGCAGUUCAUUAAUUCUAGGGACUCAACUACUGAGUUAAAAUACAAACGCUAUCGGAACAAACUGAAUCAUCUUAUAAAAAUUGCUAAACGAAAGUACUAUGAUACAAAAUUUGAGAAGGCUAAAAAUAACCUGAAAGAAACUUGGAAACUAAUCAAUGAUGUAAUCAACAAACCGAGCAGAAAAGCAGCUCUGCCAAAUUCCUUUUUCUCUGAUGGAAAACUGUUAAAUGAUCCACAAGAAAUAGCUAACUGCUUUUGUAAGUUCUUCACCAACAUAGGUCCGAAUUUAGCAAGGAAAAUUCCAGACACACAAGUAUCUUUUCGUAGUUUUCUUGGCGCUUCUGUUAAUGAGUCGCUUAUCUUAAAUCCAACUAAUAUUUCGGAACUAAAUCAAAUAUGCAACUCUUUUAAAUCUGGAAAGUCGCCUGGAUAUGAUAACGUUUCAAUGGAUAUAAUAAAAAGCACCUUUGAUCUCAUUUCUCAGCCUUUGGCCAAUGUAAUCAAUUUGUCUCUUAUUAAAGGAGUAUUUCCUGAUGAACUGAAAAUUGCUAAACUGAUUCCGGUAUUUAAAGCUGAUGAUUCCCAGUAUUUCACUAACUACCGUCCAAUUUCGCUUCUUUCUAAUUUUUCUAAAUUCUUUGAAAGAGUUAUGCACAAUCGUAUUACAAAUUUUUUAGAUCGUUUAGAUAUCUUAUACUGUUGCCAAUUUGGUUUCGUAAAAAUAUUCUACAGCGCUGUCUUUAAUUCAUCUUAUUAAUAAAAUUGCAACUGCUAUUGACAGAAGCGAAUAUACAGUUGGCAUAUUCUUAGACUUAUCAAAAGCAUUUGAUACUUUAGACCAUCAAAUACUCUUGUCUAAGCUUGAGCAUUAUGGGAUUCAUGGGCUAGCACUUAGCUGGUUGAAAAGCUAUUUGUCAAAUCGCGUGCAGUUUGUCCAGUACAAAGAGACUUGUUCUAUUAGGCUGACUCUGAGCUGUGGAGUCCCUCAAGGUUCUAUAUUAGGACCAUUAUUGUUUGUUUUGUAUAUCAAUGACCUCCCUUGUGCUACUCGUCUUGCUGAAACUAUGCUUUUUGCAGAUGAUACUAGUGUGUUUUAUUCUAAUCCCGAUUUAAAUUGUGCUAUUUCUGCCGUAAAUAAUGAUUUAUCUCAAAUUGAUCUUUUAUGAAAGCAAAUAAGCUCUCUGUUAACAUAACGAAAACUAAUUAUAUCAUUUUUGCAGCAAGGCAAAAACCAGUCGGCUUCCCAAUAAAUCCUGUCUUGUACGAUGAGGUUUUAUUAAAACAAGUAAAGGUAGUUAAAUUUUUAGGGUUUUUAUCGACGAGCAUCUAACGUGGAAGCCGCAUAUUACUUAUAUAUGUAAGAAAAUUUCAAAAUCUAUUGGCGUCAUGUUUAGGUCUCGUUUCUUUCUUUCUGAAACAACAAAAAAAGUCUCUUUAUUAUACCUUAAUUUAUCCUUAUUUAACAUAUUGUACCACAGUUUGGUCCUCCACUUAUGUAACAAACCUUAAUAGAAUUUUUCUUCUACAAAAGCGAGCAGUACGAAUUAUUACAAAUGCAGAUUUUCGCGCGCACUCUGAACCAUUAUUUUUCCGUUUAAAGAUUUUGGACAUAUACAACAUUAAUUCAUUCUAUACUGCACAAUUUAUGUUUUCAUAUUAUCAUCAAUUACUGCCACCGCUUUUUUCGAACCUUUUUGUUACUAGUAGCAAUAUUCAUAAUUAUAAUACUAGAAGUUCCUCGCAUUUCCGUUCUCAUGCCUGCCGAACUAACACCAAACAAUUUUCUAUUUUGUUCCAAGGCCCUAAAAUUUGGAAUUCUUUACCAAACUCAGUCACUUCGAUUUUUACAUUGCAAUCGUUUAAAACGAAAGUUUUUGAUUUUCUACUAUAUCGAUAA